AUAACCGUGUGCCUACGGUUGGUUACAUUGCACACACCGAUUAUAACAUCGCAUACACUGUGAUUGUACAGCAAUUUUAAUCGUCAAGACAAUGGCGGUUCGCGGUCACUCUGACGUCGUUAACGUAACGAUUGGUGUUCCGCUGUUAUAGCUGUCUACGCGAUACAGCCACAUCUCUGAAGUUACUAACGCGUUUAGGCGGUUCAUUUUGAAAAACAAAUUCUUGUAUUAUUUUCACCAUUCUGCUUGUGCCAACAGUUUUAUUAUGGACAAAUAAUAAUUUCGUCGGCCCCGUGAUAAUUUUUCAAGUCAUUUGCAAGAAUAAGAAAACUCUGUCUUUAUCAAAACGUAAGUAAAAGGUUCCUGUGUACGAUUUUUCAGCCGUCUUUCGCUCAUCGUACAAAUGCGCUGACUUAAUAUUUCGUAUUUGUGUUGAACCAUCGAAACGUGACUGCAACAAUCGUUUCUACUAACCGAUAUUAACGUUCCAAGUUAAAUGGAGAGCGUCGCGUGCCCACUUUGCUGUGAAGACAGUUUUUCCAAUCAAGAUUUGUUGAAAUAUCAUUUACUAAGCUUGACCACAAAUAUCCAAUGUCCUUUCUGCGGGAAACAGUGUGAUGACAUCAACUCGUUGGUUGAUCAUUUGGACAAGAUGUGCACGGACAAAAAUAACGAGUUGGAGAAGACCGUGCUUGACAAUGAAAUGAUUGUUGUUUAUCCUGAUGACGAUGAACCUGACCUCGAAAACGAAAUAGAUGUAUAUGAUAAUCUAGUAAAAGAAGAAGAUUAUCAAAACGAUGACCGACAAACAGAUACUGAUUUAGAGACUGGCGUUAAAAAAUUUAUUGAAGAAUUUACUGAUGAUGAUCAAUCUAAAACAAUGGCACGGUCAUCAGAUAUUGAAUCUCAAGUAGAACAAAAUGUUUAUCAUUGUUCAUAUUGUAAUAUAAAUUUCCCAUCGAUUCAGGAUCAUAUUGACAGCUGCCAUAAAGGACAAGAAGUUGUAUUUCAAGUUACUGAAAAUACAGACAUUAAUAAUACUGUAAAAAAUAUGGCUGAAAUGAUUGAUAAACAAACUUCACAAUCAGGAACCUGGAUAAAAUGGGGAAAUGGCUACUUUUAUACAAAUCAUUAUGAUUUGGUACAAGAGCAUUUAAAUGAAAAACAUUUUGUGAAUGUUACUAAAUUAGAAAAAAAUGAAAUUUUAAGCUCUACUGGAAAAGAUGACUUACAAAAAAUUAAAAUUGAAAUUGAAGACAAAGAACAGAAUAAUCCAGAACAAACUGAUAACAAAAUAUUGUAUGCAAACAUGUACACCAAUCAUUGUAUUACUGAUGCAUAUGGUGAUCGAUUCUUUGAUACACCUAUUUAUUUACUCCAUCGAGUGGCUGAAAAUGUUAAUGAUUAUUUUCAAGUCGAAGCCCGUAAGUUGAGUUUUAAUAAACGAAUUCGUGUCAUAAGACUUAAAUCUAACAAUGAUCGUUUUAGUUUUGAACAAAUAUUAUUUCAAAAUAAACCAUAUGAUAGCAAUAUUAUUCCAUCACUAGAAAAAGUAACAGAUUGUAGUGAAUACGCUCAAUUAGAAAAUAUGAAUAAUUGUCUUCUGCUUACUUGGAAGUGUAAAGAAUGUAAUGUAAGAUCUGAUCAUUGGACUAAAUUAAAUAAACAUAACUGCAAAGAAGGUGAAUCAGUGGUAUCUAAAUCAAAAAAAAAUGUGGAAAGCAAAAAUCCAGCUUUAAGAAAUAACAAUCGGUCUGUUACUACUGUUCGUACUCAGCAUAUUUGUCCACAUUGUAAUGGAGAGUUUGAUUCAGAAGGUUAUUUAAGAACACAUCUUAUGGUACACAUAAAUGAUUCAAAUAAAUGUCCAUUCUGUGAUCAACCGGUAGCACCAGAAAUGAUGGAGACUCAUUUAAUAGCCCAUCAAAAUCCUAAGUUUUCUAACUUAAAAUUUUUAUGCAAUGUAUGUAAUAAAUGUUAUGAUUCUGAAUUUCGUCUCCGAUGUCAUCAAAGAGCACAUGAAAUGCGACGUAAACCACGUGAAGUAUUGAUCUGUGAUGUUUGUAAUGCUCAGUUUAAUGACAAAAAUUCUUUAAAACAUCACGCUAUUACACAUAUUGAACCACCUGAACGUUUACGUCGAUUACAUGAAUGUCGUUUUUGUGGAAAAACUUUUGUUAAACCUAUUGAAAAAGUAAAUCAUGAAAGAGUUCAUACUGGUGAGAAACCUUUUGCCUGCCCAGUCUGUGGGCGUUGUUUCAGACUAAAGGAUCUUGUACAGAAACACAUGCGAGUACACACCAAAGAAAGACCUUAUAAAUGUCGUCAUGAAGGUUGUGAAAAAACAUUUAGUGCUUCAAGUAGUAGAGUUAACCACGAACAAGGUCAUUCUGGCAUCAAGCAAUUCAAAUGUUUUUAUUGUCCUAGAUAUUUUAAGAAUUGGGUGUCGAGGAGUAAUCAUGUUCAAGAACACAUGGUUCAACAUAAAUGUGAAAUCUGUGAUCGUUCAUUUGUAUCAUUUUGUAAUUAUAAAAAACAUUUGAAAAUGCAUGCAGAAGGACGACUUAAAUUCAAAUGUAUGAUUUGCCGUCAAGCAUUUGGAAGACAAUUAUUUUUAGAUAAUCAUUUGACUAGUGAACACCAAAUGAAAGCCCAUAAAGGACACAUAACAACAUAAAGUUUUAUUUAUAGUUUUAAUGAUUUUAUACCAAAAAUACUGUGAAUAGCUGAAAUUAAAUUAAU